CCACAUGGGGAAGCAGGGCAGCAGGGGGCAAGGAGGCCAGUGGGCCCCAGCGAAUGAAUGACGCGCGCACUGCGAUUAGCGGCCACUGUGCGCUCCCAUUUGACUCUGUUCUCUAAAGUCAACGUCCCACGGAGUCGCACCCCUCCAGUCGCCGCGAUGAAGUACAUCCUGGUCACCGGCGGCGUCAUCAGCGGCAUCGGCAAAGGUGUGAUUGCCAGCAGCGUUGGUACCAUCCUCAAGUCGUGCGGCCUUCAAGUCACGUCCAUAAAGAUAGACCCGUACAUAAACAUCGAUGCCGGAACGUUCUCGCCGUACGAACAUGGCGAGGUGUACGUUCUUGAUGACGGCGGAGAAGUCGACCUCGAUUUGGGAAACUACGAGCGUUUUUUGGACAUCACGUUGCACAGAGAUAAUAACAUAACGACGGGCAAAAUCUAUCAGCAUGUCAUCAACAAGGAGCGAAAGGGAGAUUACCUCGGCAAGACUGUGCAGGUUGUUCCCCACAUCACAGAUGCUAUUCAGGAGUGGGUUCAGAAAGUAGCACUUAUUCCUGUCAAUGACUCUAACCAGACACCGGAAGUUUGCAUCAUUGAGCUCGGAGGGACGAUAGGUGAUAUUGAAGGAAUGCCCUUCGUGGAGGCCUUCCGACAGUUUCAAUUUCGUGUCAAAAGAGAGAACUUCUGCUGUGUCCAUGUCAGCUUGGUGCCACAGCCCAAGAGCACCGGUGAGCACAAGACGAAGCCGACACAGGCUAGCGUCCGCGAAUUGCGAGGCUUGGGUCUAUCCCCAGAUUUGAUUGUUUGCCGCAGCGAAAAUGAGAUCACGAAAGCUGUCAAGGAUAAGAUAUCCAACUUUUGCCACGUUGAGCCACGACAGGUUCUCUGCAUGCAUGACGUGCCGAGCAUCUACCACGUGCCCAUCUUCAUGGAGGAACAAGGCAUCGUCGAGCUUUUUGCAGAACGCCUUCACCUUCAGGUUCCCACUCCAAGACCUCGUCGUCUGAUGUACAAAUGGCGUGACCUUGCCCUCAAGACAGAACGGCUCCGGAGGGAAGUGACCAUUGCACUUGUCGGAAAGUACAUCAAGCUGCAGGACGCCUACUCCUCGGUUAUCAAGGCCCUCCAACACGCUGCACUCGCCUGCAACCACAGACUGAUGAUCAUGUACAUAGAUGCAGAAGAGCUGGAGCCCACUAUGAAAGCUGAACACCCGGUCAAGUUUCACGCUGCCUGGCAGAAUCUGUGUGUUGCAGAGGAAGCUGUACCAUAAUGCGGAGAAAAUCGAAGAAAGGCAUCGACACCGGUACGAAGUGAACCCCUCCUAUGUCCCCGAGCUUGAGCAGGCUGGCCUGAAGUUUGUCGGCAAGGACACCUCAGGGAAGAGGAUGGAAGUGAUAGAACUGUCUGACCACCCGUACUUUGUGGGUGUUCAGUUCCACCCAGAAUACAUCAGCCGGCCACUAAAGCCGUCUCCACCUUACAUGGGGCUUGUCUUGGCCUCGUGUGGCCGCCUGAACGGGUUCCUCCUCCGCGGUUGUCGCAUGUCGCCUCGGCAACUGAGUGACGUGGGGUCUUCUUCAGAGGAGGAGGUGCAUGAGCCUGUUCCUGUUUGUGUUCAAGAAGACGCAACUGGAGUGCCUGUUCGGGUUUCCGUGCCUAGACGGGAGUCGGGUAGUCACCACGACUUACACCACGAAUUACACCACGACUUGCACCACACAAGUCAUCAGGGAGCACAUGGUAGCGCGAUGACGCCGGGGUUCUCGCGAAGCGAAGAUUACCGGUCAGUCACGACGUGCAACGACGAUCCCGACCCACCCAGCGACACCGAAGACCGCCAGGCAUCGCAAUGCUGCAACGGGAAAAUCCUGACGGCAGACGAGGCCGACAAGGCUUAUGACAGCAACUGCUUGAACGCCAAGCCUUCCAAAAGCGACAAAUCUCUCAAGCAUCGUGCCUUCCGCUAUGGUAUAAGGAAAGGUUCUUCUUCAUCGCAUACGUCUGAUAUUUGAGAUGCUGAGGUCAUAUAGUGAUGUGCUGUUAUGCCUGGGUGCCAAGGCAUGUGAAAAUGCGUGCAUCGACUGUGGCCAUCUGUGGUGGGUUUAGGCACAGUGGGACACCUGGCCGCUCUGCCAACUUUCAUAGCGCCCUUUUCAAACGGACAUCAUCAUAGAGGAAAGAUAUGAAGUAGGACGGAAUAUGUCAUUUAUGGGCACCUUGUCGACUACUUGAGUUGGUGCCAAGUUGUAUUUACAUGUAAUAAUUUUAGAAUUUAUCUGUUUGACCGAAUAUUGAAUAAAAUUCGUUGCGAUCCUCUCC